UCUGCCGGCUUUUAAAAACAAAUGAACGUCAAUGUUGAGUGAUUGCUGCUGGCUCUGUCAGUGAUUAGUGUUUAUGCAAAUGAGUCUUAUUAAAAAUAGUAUAAAUCAAUGUUAAAGUCGAGGGCCGGGUUUGUUUUGCUUCUGAAUGAUGAGCAGGAAUCAUAUGUGGAGGAGGUCGCUCUUUAUGGGCUUCAUAAUUUUCCUUUGUUGUUUUGGAAAUCUCUCAGCAAGACGUCUGAUAUUGCAACCAAUAAAGUCCCUAGAGAUGAAGGAUUUGGAGAACUCUCGAUCGGUGUCCAGUGGCAUUGCUGGCUUGGCGGGCUUUGCUCUGGGACUAGGAAAAGCCCUUACUGCAGUUUUCAUAUACGAUGUCAUAACUGCCAACAUUACGGAAACGGAAGAGACUCAGGUCGCAGGAAAUAGUGUUUCCCUCAGGGAGAUAUGCUUAAAUACCGAGGGAUCUGAGGUUUAUUUCGACAAGAGGGAGGAAAACAUUCUCCAAGGACCCAAUGCUGAUGUAACCUGCAUAAUCUAUCCAGCAAAAAAUUAA